AUGUCCACACCUGAGCAACGUUUUUGGCUGGCGACCUUGCUGUUCCUCUUGAGUCAGCAUUGUGGGGUUUUCGGAUUUGGAAUCAAUCUGAUGAAGGUUCCAACUGAGGCCAAAGCGCCGGAAGCUUGCAUCCUCGCUUUGCUCCGGAAAUAUUUCGAUUCCGGAGAUGGACUCUCCGGCUCUGUACUGUGCUUCAAUCGAAACUAUCAGUUGCCAAACAUUCAAGAGCAGUUACUAAGAGGUAUGAAUACGUAUGCAAAGUAUCCUUGGAGCAUCUUGAUCACGAACUCCAGGGAGGGUCCUUCGUCGUCCCAGUUCGUUCUGAGCGAGAAGCCGCAGUGUUAUUUCCUAAUUAUUGAGAGUUUAGAUGACGAAGAUUUAGAUGAGAUAUUUGAGCACUGGAAGAGCAUGGUCAACUGGAAUCCCCUGGCCCAAUUCGUGGUCUAUUUGGCCAGCUUGGAGGAAACUGACGAGGAGAUGACCGACCUCAUGGUGGAACUGCUUCUCACCUUCAUGAACAAAAAGAUUUUCAAUGUGAAUGUAAUUGGGCAGAGCGAGGAAAACGAAUUCUUCUACGGAAAAACCGUGUUUCCCUAUCAUCCAGAUAAUAACUGCGGGAAUCGCGUGAUAUCGAUUGAAUUAAUAGAUGCCUGUGAUUAUCCGAGUGAAGAAAAGGAAAGAGAUGAUGAGAAAUCUGGGGAGGGGGAAGGCGGUGGAAGCCAGGAGGAAGAUACAGAAAAUGAAAACAGUCAGGAAAAUGAGGAUGAUCAAGUCGAACAAGAUGAAUACUCCCAAACAGAAGAUCAAAGUGGUAAAGAAAAUUCAGAUGAUAAAGAAGAUACUAUGAACAAUGAGGAUAAAGCUGAUGAGUCGACUGAAAAAGAUAAUGAGGAACUUGAGACUAAUUCAAACUCCUCAGAGCCGGAGGCCACCAUCGAGGAAUUCUAUCGCGCCAAGUUUGAGGACAAGUUCCCUAGUGAUCUCAGUGGAUGUCCUCUAACAGCCUCAUUUCGACCUUGGGAACCAUAUAUAUUUCGCAACAGUGAGGAGGAUGCUGUGGACGAUUACUACUAUGGUUUACAAGGUGAUGGAGACGACUACAACGAAACAUCACCCAGUUAUGGGGAAUCGGAGGACGAGAGCUAUGGUGAUCCGGGGGAAGAGGGUGACAACACCAUCCCAGACAAUGAAAUUCAGUCCAGUGCAAAGGUCAAGUUGAGUGGAAUCGAGUACCAAAUGCUGCAGACCAUCGCCGAGCGUCUGCAUGUACACAUCGAAAUGCAGAGCGAAAACAGCAAUUUAUACCAUCUUUUUCAACAACUUAUCGAUGGGGAGAUCGAGAUGAUAGUGGGCGGAAUAGAUGAGGAUCCGAGCAUCAGUCAGUACGUAUCAAGUUCCAUUCCUUAUCACCAGGAUGAACUCACUUGGUGUGUGGCAAGGGCAAAGCGAAGGCAUGGCUUUUUCAACUUCGUGGCCACAUUUAAAGCGGAUGCCGGAUUCUUGCUCGGACUUUUUGUGGUCACAUGUUCUCUGGUCGUAUUGGUGGCCCAACGCGUUUCUGGCUUCCGGCUGCGAAAUCUGAAUGGAUAUUUUCCCAUCUGCCUGAGGGUUCUUGGAAUCUUACUCAACCAGGCCAUUCCUGCUCAGAAUUUUCCCAUAACUUUGAGACAACUAUUUGCUCUGUCUUUUCUUAUGGGCUUCUUCUUUAGCAAUACGUACCAGAGUUUUCUGAUCAGCACACUGACCACUCCACGCAGUUCCUAUCAAAUUCAGACUUUGGAGGAGAUCUACAGCAACCGGAUGACCAUCAUGGGCACCUCCGAUCAUGUUAGACAUCUUAACAAGGAAGGGGAGAUCUUCAAAUAUAUUCGGGAAAAGUUUCAGAUGUGUUAUAAUUUGGUGGAAUGUCUCAAUGAUGCCGCUCAUAACGAACACAUCGCAGUUGCUGUAUCUCGACAGCACUCCUUUUACAAUCCGCGAAUCCAACGAGAUCGUCUUUUCUGCUUCGAUCGACGAGAAUCCCUGUAUGUUUAUCUAGUAACCAUGCUGCUGCCAAAGAAGUACCAUCUUUUACACCAGAUAAACCCGGUGAUCCAACACAUCAUUGAGUCGGGUCAUAUGCAGAAAUGGGCCCGAGAUCUAGAUAUGCGGCGUAUGAUUCACGAGGAGAUUACAAAGGUGCGGGAGGAUCCUUUCAAGGCUCUUACCUUCGAUCAGUUCCGAGGAGCCAUCGCAUUUUCUGCCGGACUUUUGAUGGUUGCCAGUGGAGUCUUUGCCAUAGAGUUCUGCUUUUUCUACUUCUACCGAUCUAAAAGGAGAAGGAUCCGAAGAAUACCACGUGUACAGAUAAACAAAGUUAUAAAAAAUAUGCGUUAA